CUUUUCUGCAGACUUCCCCAGUCGUCCCGUGCAAAUCCUUCUAAAUGUGUGCUCCGCAGUGAUUCGGCCUCACUCGUCGUGUUCGCGGCACCGCCGGCACACAUUUCCUUUCAUACAUUGCGAUAAAAAAAUAAGUGCAAAAACACAAAGUACGGACGUGCGCGGUUUUGAAUUAACGGGGUAGUGUGUGUGUGUGUGUGUGGGAGAGGAACAGUGUGAACGACAGAAAAACCGCCGCCGAGAGAAGUUCGACCUCGUUAAGUUCGUUUUCAUUCGACACACCUGUUGAGUGGUUCGGCUUCAUGAGCGAUCGCCGACGCCACACCGACGUGUACUUGGUAAUGACAACACAUUCGUCUUUACCAUUAUUCUAUUCAUUCUUCAAAGCGCCGUUUUUUUAAUUGGAUAUUCUCGUAUUUUACUUUAUCAAUAGCACUUGGUUUUAUAGUAAUUGUAAAACAUCGGCCCUUACUUCUCAGUAACGGGCGAUGCCUCGAGACGGUGCCAAGGGCAAACACCAAUUCAAACGACGGUUCAGCUUACAGCCGUCAUCGUUCUUCAGAGAUGACUCGCUGUCGUCGAGCCAUUCAAUGACCGGUAGUGUGGAUGGCCACCACAACGAUCAGUUGCAGCCCCCGGCGGAUCCCUCAGACGUGACCCGACACAAAAUUGUAGUCAUGGGAGCUGCCCGAGUUGGCAAAUCUUCACUUAUCACUCAGUUCCUAUACCGAAAGUUCUCAUCGAAGUACAAGCGGACCGUCGAGGAAAUGCACCAUGGCCAGUUUACGGUUGACGGCGUUAAAAUCGACCUAGACAUAUUGGACACAUCUGGGGCGUAUGAGUUUCCGGCAAUGCGCGCCCUGUCCAUAUCAUCGGCGGAUGCCUUUGUGUUGGUGUACUCUGUCACCGAUCCUGAAUCGUUUCAGCAGGUGGCAGCCAUCAGGGACCAAAUAAUUGACACUAAGCAUACGGCCGACGUGCCUAUAGUCGUUGUCGGAAACAAGCUCGACCUUGCCAAUACCGACAGAAAGGUACCGUACGAGGAAACUUCGUGUCUGGUGGAAGUCGACUGGGAAAACGGAUUUGUCGAAACGUCUGCCAAAGACAACAUAAACGUCGGCGAGGUGUUCAGGGAGCUUUUGAACCAAGCAAAGUCCAAGUACGACUUGGGGCCUUCGCUGAGAAGGAACUCUGCUCGUCGACAGUCACUUCCGUCUGGUGGGGGUCAGGGUUCCAUGGUUCCCACGCCGACUCAGCUGGCACAUCUGCAGAAGAAGGCGAGUGGAGGAGACGGCAGUCGGUCCAAACGCAACUCGUGCUCGAUUUCGUAAUGACAUUAAAAAUGCGACCACCUUAUUAAAUGCCCAAGAGGCGUCAAAGACCCAUGAGCAAAUACAUGUUACCUUCUACUAUAAUUUUUAUUUUAUUAUACUAUACAGGUAUAUGGUAAUAUCAAUAAUUACUUUAUACUUUCGCUGUUUUCCUAUGUACCGUUAAGUGUAAAAUUUUUCGAAGCUGUUCGCAAACAGCUUUAGAAUAAAAACGAAUACGCGUGUCAAGGGCUCCAUACAGAUCAGAGAUCAAAUAUUCGGUUCACGCGCUGGUGUUUUAGCAGAAACUUUUUAUUUGACAGCAGUGCUGUGAGCUUUAACUAUUAACAACUCUCUAAACACAAUACGUCAUUUAUUAUACUUAAGUAUACCGUUAAAAAGAUGUUCUAUCAAAAUCGACGUGGCCGCGUUGUUCCACAAUGUUUCCUUUGUAUAGUAAAGAAGUUGUAAUAGAAUUAUAAUAAAAAACCAGUCAUGCAAUCGCGCAUCAUAUUAUGCAUAAUAAUUAACGUACGGGAUAAAUUAUUAAAAUAAUAUUAACAUUGUUAACAUAAUAAUAUAUUCUCGUCGUAAAUUAAUUAUUUAAUUUCAACAUAUUUAUAUGAUUAUAAAUGAGUUAAAAUUUAUAUGUUUUAGGUUGCUUAUUAGUUCAAUGUACUUAACAAAUUUUUCUCUUAAAAUACAAUAUCAUCAGUUUGUUUCUAAACUUGAUACGGUGCAUUGAUAUGCAUAUUUAUUGAAAAUUGGUUAGACUCCGCCGCUUUGAGACUAAGCCAGGACCAACAAAUUGUAUUACCUUAAUCACAUUGAUAAGAUUUUCGUACAACCCUGUACGGGUUGAAUACACAAACUCGAUAACGUUUUGCAAAUAGUAAUGAAAAAUAAAGAUCAUAAUAAAGUUCAUGAACGAAAAAUGUGAUUUCGUUAAAUCCCUUUUGGUCAGCUAGACGGGAAACUCGAUUGUUUUGGCGAAAAUGGCCAAUGAAGAUCCCAGAGAGUUUAUUUUUCUCGUUUUUAUUAGAUUCACUAUGCGGUUUUAGGAAACUGCUCGUUGUGUAUUCGGGAAUAGGCCCACGAUAUUGAAGCUUUGGCCUACCAAAGGGAUUUCAUUUGGUUUGGAAAGUUUGCCUUAACGUACACGUAUAAAACUUAUAAAUCGUAGAUUAGUCGAAAAGUCCUGCCUACAAGAGCGUUCCCGAAUCCGAUCCAAAAUAGGUAGUGGGACCGUAUCUCUUACACCCUCCGCUGACGCCUCAUGUAUAGAUUUAUGUGUUCUAUCUUAUUACUUUCAAAGUACCACAGCUCCGGCAAUGUACGCGGCAUAUUAGGAUACGCACAGCUGGCUACAUUUUAAAGUAUCUUAUUCUUAUUCAAUUUUCCAAAGUCUCUAUCUUUAUGUACUCGCAUUAAAUUUGUUAUUCGGCAGUAUCGACGGUAUGCUAACUAUGUACAGAUUCCUAACACAAAACUAAUAGUAGCUAACGUAUCAUUAUUUCCCAGUGAGAGCUAAACAUUGAUUUUAUUUCUCGAACUAUUACUAAAACACAAAUACUACCAUUUUCACUCUGGAAUGUAACGCAAUCACUUUGCUCUUUCUAAACAAAUUACCACCCCAUUGGUAAAUUAAGAAUACAUUCCUUUAGCUUUAUUCUUAUGGUGACCCUUUGCAAUAAACAAUAAUAGAAUAAGAACGGAUUAUGUGUUAUUUAGCUUUUAAUUGAGUCAACUCUAACACGUGGACAUCGAAUACACAUCAGUAUUAAUUUUAUUCAAAUAAAAGUUUUAUUUUUCAUCUAUAGGUGAUACCUUCUAAUUGACAGGGAACUAAAAUGGGCAAUUUCCCCCUAAAAUAAAAUAAAUAUUUUAACUGUUCUUAAAAAUAAAAAAUUUCAUGAACAUGGUUCCUUCGAAACGACACUGAAAUAAGAUGUUUAAAUCCAUUAUCCUCUGAGUGCGCUAUUUGUUUCAUAAAUACAAUUUUUAUUCAAAGCAAUAUAAAUUCUAUAUAAUUUGAAAUUUAAAUUAAGUGUAAGUUUCAUGACAUUUAUGGUUCACUUCAGUAUACUGUUGGUACAGAUUUUAUGUGACAUUUAAGACAUACUAUGGUCUUUUAUAGUACUGUCAUUGUAACGAAACCUUUUCUAUUAUAUUAUAUAUGUAUAAUUUAAUCAAUUAAUCAUAUUAUUUUUAUCUGCCCUUCUAUAAAAAUAUUUGUACUACUUUGGCCUAACUGUGCUCAAAUAAAUGAGAAUUAAAACCAAAAUUUAUUUAUUUUUUUUUUUAUAUCUGUCAAAUAUUUUAAUCGUAUUAAGGUUAGUGUGUUAAGGUUUAACUCCCAGAAAAUAGUUUUUUCUGUAAACCUGUCUUCGUCAAUGUUUACUAAGCAUAUACAAAUAUUAAUUUUUAAUAAUUUAUUUUGAUAUUACAUCAAAUUAAAUCUUGUUUUAUAAAUAUAUUAACAUUACAACUCUAAUUCAAUUUAAUAAUUUUUCUCUAAUCGCUAGAUUUUUUAAAUAAAAUAAAGAAAUUUAAGAUUGUUAAGUGUUGUAAAAUUAUGUUCUUAUAGCAUAACUUUUUUUUGGUUGUUAACAGUUGUUUUCUUUACAUUUAAGCACUAAACCAGUAUUUAAGUAUAUAAUAUAAUAUGUAAAAAAAACACAUUUUAUUUUUAAAACUAGAUAAAUACUGUCAUUAUCGACUGACUUGUAGUUAUUGGAUUAGAUUAGGCAUGGAUCGAAUUAGUGCCGACGCUAGGUCGAGGCUGACGGAGCACAGCCCCGCACAUAAUAGUAGCGUAUCAGAGUUUUGUUUUUAGGGGGUGAUAUACACUAGAAGAAUUUGUAUUGCUCCCUCCAAACAAAAAUAUUUGUACCUUCACCGUAUAUAGAUUUUUACUGAAGGAAUCUAUAUCACUUCAACCUCUCCCUCCUAGCACAAUGACCCAGCAAAACUUAGCGCCAGCACUAGAUUGAAUAGUUACAAAUACUCUUUACUUAUUAUAGAGGCAUGCAGUCGUUCAGUUGUAAUAUCACCCCGUCUUUUAAAUUGACCUUUUUUAACUUCUUGAUAUUAAAGAAAUUCGGAGAUCCCAAAUUCACAUUUCUGUUAGCUAUUUGAUAAUAUAUUGACAUUUUUAUAUAAUGUCCAUUUUUAAAGUUUUAUAUUAUCCCAAUUUCUAUAGGCAUAGAAUAUUGUUUUAUUGCAAUUUUUAACAUACAACAAUAAUUAAAUUUUACAACUUUAUCGAUUAGAAUCGUU